AUGAAAGAGGCCAUGGAGGAAUGGGUUGAGGAACAAUGUAUCUUAAUUGACAAAGAUAUCAUCGCAGGAAGCAGUAAGAAGAUCCACAACACCCUCAAUACCCUCACGAAGACCAGUCAGCCCAAGGCAGAGGUGGAGGAUGCAGUGCGUAGUCUUAAAGCUGGAACAUCUCCGGUAGUGGCCAACGACCCUUCCGAGCUGAUUGAGCACGGAGGAGAGGCAAAGACAGCAGCAAUUAUGACACUAUGCAAACAAAUAAAAAGUUGCUCAAGGAGUGGACCCAGUAACUGGUCAUAUUCCUACCGAAGAAAGGGCAACCUCAAGUUGUGCGAGAAUUACCGCACAAUCAGCCUCAUAAGUCAUCCCACCAGGGUCAUGCAACGCAUCAUCUUCAAUCGAUUGAAGAGUAAGGCCGAGGAACUGCUGGCCAAAGAGCAGGCUGGAUUCAGAGCUUAG